AUGUUUUCUUCGAGCGUAUUAAACGCUAAGCAUUUUAUUCAAAGUGGUGAUUUUAAGUUUUUGACGUUCGGUUAUAAAACAUCGAUUAUUUUCGCAGAUUCCACAUUCAUACAACACCUUGAGCCAAAACAACAAUCACCAAAAGUCAGCGGUUUCAAUGUGGGUGGAAUGAUAAAUGCGAUGCAAAUUUCACCGGAUUAUUUCUACUUGACAGUUUGCAUUGAAACAACGAAUGAUAGCAAAACUGUUAAUGAUAGUGAUAAUGAUAAUAAUGAUGCAAAUAUGAAUAGCAAGCAAAAUGGUGCUGCAUCGAAUGCAACACGAAUGAUUAUGAUAUUUGAUUGUGAAACGUUUCAAACGAUCGGCAACUAUGGCAUCGAUAUGAUGGCAAGUGUUAGUCAAAUGCGCAUCUCGUCAACGAACGAAUGCAUCUGGUUGAUUGCUGAAGAUGAUAGUAAUAAGCUGAUGCAAAUGAAAUGCUUGACAUUGUUCGAUGGAAAGUUAUUAGCUGAUACUAAACUCGAUAUCAAUGAAUUAGUGUCGAUUGGCAAUAGAAAUGCAUUGUCAGCAAGCGAUUUCUGGUAUCAGUUUUCAUUGUGUCCCGCCGAUGAUAGUAUUACAUGUUUGGUAUGCAAAAAUCGGGCGAUUUUAAUGCGCGCUUGUGGUGGAACAAUCGAAAGGCUAUUGGAAGAUAGCAGUUUGCCGGUAACAUCAAUUUAUGCAACAGCUGAGAAAUUUGUUUGUAUAAUCGCUGAUCUGUUGGUAUUUAUAUUCGAUAUUAAGAACGGUGAAUGUCAUUGGGAUAUGGCGAUUAGCGUUGUUAUUUCAACAACAACACAACAACCGUCAUGUUGUAUUGAAGCAUUCUGUUUGGAUUCAUCUGGUGAGAAUUUUAUAUACAGUGAUGGAGCAGCCAUUUGGUAUGGCUCAUUAAGAUAUCCGGAUAUAGUCUGUGGUCGAGGAGCGCAAGUGCUCUUAAUGAAGCAUAGCCAACCGAUUCGAUCGUUGCACAUCUCGCAAGAACACAAACGAAUUGCAUCGCUUGACUCGUCCGGCCUUAUAAUUGUAUCGUCGACUCAGUCAAAAAUGUUAAUUGCAUACGGAAUCUUCGAGGGUGCAAUUUCAGUGACAUUUCUUUCGAGUGGACAUUCAUUGUUGAUUGUGUUUGCGAAUGAGAUUCUUAUCUUCCAUAUAGUCUAUCAUUCACUUCGUCGAGCUCGUUCCUUUAUAAAAGGAUGUCGAAUUGGAAAGAUUGCAGUCAACUCAUUUGCAAAACAGCAACAAGCUGCAAUUUGUGUUGAUGAUGUAUUGAUGAUUUAUAGUUUAAACAAUUUGGAGUUGCUAACAAAACUGCCAUUUCAUUUCAAGCAGACGAUUCAUUCCCUGAAGUGGUCGACGAACGGUGAUUAUUUGGGUGUGCUGACACAGAACGAUUGCGUAUCGUUGAUAAAUGUGUCAACAAAAAUGGUUGUUUGGCAUUUACAAAUGAAAAUGCGUUUCUUCGUUGACAUCAGCGUCGAGGAUGCACAUCCUACUGCCGCAACUUCUAAUGCAGCUGCCAUCGUUUACGCACUCAACAAAAAAUUUAUCAUCACAAAAUUUUUGAAUGCUAAAGAAAUCGAACAAGUCAGUGGACACAGUGCUCAAAUAAGCUUUUCUGGUGGUCAGUCAACAUCGUUGGUGACCGCUGAAAAGGGUCAUUUCAUUGGUUCAUCAACCGGUCAUAUCGUCUAUUUGCCAUAUGAUGUUCUCGAAAAUAUUCGAUUGUUGCAUACGCAUAUUUCGUCUGAGAUAACAGUGCUUUGUGCAUCCAUCGAUGAUUGUUCGCUGUUAUAUAUUGGCUGCGCAGAUGGUCAUUUGGCGUUCAUUCAGUCUGAUAAGUUUUCGACGACGAGAAGCGAUAAUGCUCACAACAAUUCGAAUUAUGCAGACAGAAUUGUGAUGGAUAUUAUUAGUGAGAAGAAUCAACAAAAGAAAAUGCUACAUAGAGAUGCAAAGAAUAUUAAUGAUAAGAAUGAUCACUCGAAGAACGAUAAUGUAAGUGAUCACGAUGGCGUGCAUGAGAAUGAGCACGAGCACAAUGAUGAUUUGGUUCUUUAUCCACUAAAUGAAAUAACGAAACUGAAGACACUGGUUAAAGAGCUAGAUACCGAACGAAAUUUCAUAAGACAUGAAACGGAACGCAUAAUUUGUGAAUAUAAACAACGCAAAGAUACUGAGUUGAGCAACUUGGCCACACAGAAUCAGCAAAGCAACGCAUUAAUGCAUGAAAAAGUCGAGCGUAUUGAAGAAAAAUUGGAAAAUGUACAAGCAUUAAGUGGCGUGACAAUGGAGAAUUUGCGUAAGUUGUACGAAGAUGAAAUUCGUUGUCAGAAGCAGAAUUUUGAGAAGCGUUUUGAGGAGCAUUUGCAAAGAAGUUGUGAAGCAGAAGAGAGUUUCGAGAACGCUUUAAGAGAACGCGAUUCAAGAUUCAGUGGCGAACGAAAACGACUGAUAAGCUCGUUCAAUGUCACUGAGACGAAUCUUCGCAAACAAAUUCAAGCACACCAAAAAACGAUUGAUCAGGCAAAAAGAGACAACGAAGAGAAUAUUAAAAAUCAGAACUUAGUGAGAUUGAAGACAAUUCAAGAACAUUGUAAUGAACUUGAGAGUCGAAUCGUCGAUGAGCAAAACGUAUCUGCAAAGGUAUUCGAUGUCUUACGGGACCGAGGUCGUCAUAAGUCAGAUUGGGUUAUACGAGACCAUGUGCGAAAACUGGAAGAGAACGAAAUUUGUUAUCGUGAAAAGUUGGCACAAUUAAAAAAUCGUUUAGCAGCCACGCAAAAACAAUUGCAAAACGAGAAAGCAGAAAAUAAACUGACACGACGAAAACUGAAUGAGAUAUAUACGAAAAUUGAAGAACUUUCGAAGAACGUUUACAAUCUGAAAGAGUUGGAGCGUCACGCAUUGGGUUUGAUUGCCUUCGUCAAAUGUGAUUAA